AUGGCCCUUCAAGCGAUCAAGUACGAUGGCACCAGUCUCUCGGUUCUAGAUCAACUGCAGCUUCCACAUUUGGUGAAGUAUGUGCCAAUCAGGACUGUGCAAGAAGGUUGGCAAGCAAUCAGGGAAAUGCGUGUCCGUGGCGCACCAGCAAUCGCAAUUGUAGCUAUACUCUCUCUUGCUGUUGAGCUGCGUACUCUCCUCACAGAGGGUAAGCUGUCGCCAGUCGCUGACGAGGUCCGCACUUUUAUUACGGAAAAGCUACGAUAUCUUGUGACAAGCAGACCAACUGCUGUGAAUUUGGGGGAUGCCGCUCGCAAAUUCGAGCGUCUGAUAGCGGUGCAUGCAAAGGAGAAGGACUCUACAGGUCACAGCCUGGCGAUUGCUUUUCUCAAGGAAGCAGAACAAAUGUUAACGAAUGACCUAAACGACAAUCGAAAUAUUGGAGCUUAUGGGGCUAAGUGGAUUGUUGAAAAAGCGCUUCUACAAGGGAGGAAAACAGUCAAUGUCCUAACCCACUGCAAUACUGGCUCGCUCGCUACUUCUGGCUAUGGAACUGCGUUGGGCGUCAUUCGUUCUCUCCAUUCCAGCCAUUACCUGGGUCGUGCAUACUGCACGGAAACAAGACCAUACAACCAAGGCGCUCGACUUACAGCAUUUGAAUUAGUACAUGAUAAUAUCCCAUCGACGCUUAUCACGGAUUCGAUGGCAGCGGCGCUUCUUGCAAGUAAAAACAGUGAGAUAUUUGCAAUCGUUGUUGGAGCGGAUCGAGUGGCAGCCAAUGGCGACACUGCAAACAAGAUUGGGACAUAUGGCUUAGCAGUCCUUGCAAAGCACCAUGGUGUGAAAUUUCUAGUUGCCGCGCCGCGCACAACGAUCGACCGGGAAACAAAAUCUGGAGAAGAUAUUGUCAUUGAAGAACGACCAGCUUCAGAAGUAACGAAUAUUAAGGGCCCCUUGGAAGAAGAUGUGACAGGUCCCUUGAGAAUGGAGACGAUACGCAUCGCAGCUCCGGGAAUUGAUGUGUGGAACCCCGCCUUUGAUGUCACCCCAGCAGCGCUUAUCGACGCUAUUAUAACAGAAGUAGGCGUGGUGGAAAGAGGCUCUGAUGGGUAUUUUCACUUUGACGCAGUGUUCGACGGCUCGCCGAACUCCUGA